AUGGCGUUAAUAGUCGACAAGCAUCGCCCAAGAUCCCUCGACACCCUCACAUAUCAUGAGGAGCUGUCAGAAAGGCUACGGUCGUUGGCACAAAGCGGUGACUUCCCCCAUCUCUUGGUCUACGGGCCAUCCGGCGCCGGCAAGAAGACCCGAAUCGUUGCGACGCUGAAGGAGCUAUACGGGCCCGGCGUGGAGAAGAUCAAGAUCGACGCCCGAGUCUUCCAGACGACAAGCAAUCGGAAACUGGAGUUCAACAUCGUAGCCUCAGUCUACCAUCUCGAGAUAACACCCUCAGAUGUCGGAAACUACGAUAGAGUGGUCAUCCAAGACCUCCUCAAGGAGGUUGCGCAGACACAACAAGUCGACCAGCUGGCCAAGCAGAAGUUCAAGGUGGUCGUCAUCAACGAGGCCGACCACCUCACCCGAGAUGCGCAGGCUGCGCUGCGUCGGACCAUGGAGAAAUACUCGCCAAACUUGCGACUAAUACUACUCGCCAACUCUACAGCUAACAUAAUCGCUCCCAUUCGCUCUCGUACGCUUCUCGUCCGGGUGGCGGCACCGACACACCAGGAGAUCUGUGACGUCCUUGCAUCGUCCGCGAAACGGGAAGGCUGGCCGGUGGUCAAAGGUCUACAUCAAAGGAUAGCGGAGGAGAGUGGGCGGAACCUUCGAAAGGCACUGCUGAUGUACGAGGCAGUACACGCACAGAAUGAGAAAGUGACAGAUGCGACAGCGAUCCCUCCCCCGGACUGGGAAGCGCUGAUCGGACAGAUCGCCAAGGAGAUCAUGGAGGAGCACACGCCCGCGCGCAUCAUGCAGGUGCGGUCGAAGCUCUACGACCUGCUGACGCACUGCAUCCCUGCGACGACGAUCCUCAAGACCCUGACGUUCAAGCUCAUCCCGCUCAUCGACGACGCGCUCAAGGCGGACGUCAUCGCUUGGUCGGCCUUCUACGAACACAGGAUCAGGACGGGGACCAAGGUCAUCUUCCACCUCGAGGCGUUUGUGGCCAAGUUUAUGAGGAUUUUUGAGAUGUAUUUGAUGAGCAUGGACAUGUGA